AUGGGUACUACUCGCACUAAGAAGGAGGAUGCUGCCCCUGCUGCUGCUGGUACCACUGCUGCUGCUGGCACUACCGCUGCCACCCCCGCUGCUGAAGCCCCUGCUAAGGCCGCUACUACCAAGAAGGCCAAGACCUCCACUCCCAAGAAGGAAUCUGAACAUCCUCCUUACAAGGAAAUGAUAAUUGCCGCCCUUGUUCACCUCAAGGAGCGCAACGGCUCUUCCCGCCAAGCCUUAAAGAAAUAUAUUAGCGGGAACUACAAGGUCGGCGAUAGCUCCGAUGUCCACUUGAACGCUGCCAUCAAGCGCGGUGUUGAGUCUGGUGACUUCCUUCAGCCCAAGGGUAAGUCUGGCCCCAUCAAGUUGGCUAAGAAGGAGCCUAAGAAGAAGGAGGCUAAGGAGAAGAAGGAGCCCAAGGAGAAGAAGGCCAAGAAGCCUGCCGCUGCUGUCGCUACCAAGAAGGCUGCCGCACCUAAGAAGGCUGUACCUAAGAAGGAUAGUGCUAAGAAGGAUACCAAGACUGCACCAAAGAAGGCUACUGCUGUUAAGAAGGCUGUCAAGAAGGCUGAGGCUAAGAAACCCGUUGCCAAGAAGGCUGCUGCCCCUAAGGAGAAGAAGGCUGCUGCCGCUGCCUCUAAAGAGAAGAAGACCAAGGUUGCUGCCGCUCCCAAGGAGAAGAAGCCUAAGGCUACCAAGGCCUAA